AUGGAAGGAAGAGGUGGUUCUAGAGGUGGUGCUAUGGCUCGUGGUGGUGGUCGUGGUGGUUUUGGCGGUGGUAGAGGUGGUUUUGGCGGUGGUGAUCGUGGUGGCCGUGGUGGUGGUAGAGGUGGUUUUGGCGGUGGUGAUCGUGGUGGUAGAGGAGGUUUUGGCGGUGGUCGUGGUGGUAGAGGUGGUUUUGGCGGUGGUGAUCGUGGUGGUAGAGGUGGUGCCCGUGGUGGUAGAGGUGGUGCUCGUGGUGGUAAACCAGCUGCAGGUGGUAAACCAGGUGCUAAAGUUAUUGUUGAAAAACAUCCAAGACACGAAGGUGUAUUCAUUGUUAGAGGUAAAGAAGAAUCAUUAGCCACAUUAAACUCUGUACCAGGUGAAUCAGUUUACGGAGAAAAGAGAGUUUCAGUUGGUGAAGGCGAAGAUAAAAAAGAAUACAGAAUUUGGAAUCCAUUCAGAUCAAAGAUUGCCGCCGGUUUACAUCGUGGUGUUGAUGAAAUUCAUAUUAAACCAGGUAGUAAAGUACUCUACAUUGGUGCUGCUUCAGGUACUACCAUUUCACAUGUUUCAGAUAUAGUUGGUCCAACCGGUGUUGUCUAUGGUAUUGAAUUAUCCCAUCGUCCAGGUAGAGAUUUAAUUGGUAUGGCCAAAAAGAGAACCAAUGUUAUCCCAAUCAUUGAAGAUGCUCGUCACCCACAAAAAUAUAGAAUGCUCAUCGGUAUGGUCGAUGUUGUAUUUGCUGAUGUUGCUCAACCAAAUCAAGCUCAAAUUGUUGCUCAAAACUCUGCUUACUUUUUAAAGAACGAAGGUCACUUUAUCAUUUCAAUUAAAGCAAGCUGUAUCGAUUCAACUGCUCCAACUGAAGUUGUUGUACAAAAUGAAAUCACAAAAUUAAAGAAAGAAAAAUUAAGACCACAACAUCUUUUAAAAACUUUAGAUCCAUAUGAACGUAAUCACUCUUUAGUAAUUGGUGUCUAUAGAAAAUUUGGUUCAUCUGAAAAAUAA